CCAACCUUCAAAGAUCAGUUGUUGUUUUUUGUGUCGUUUCUUCUUUUUUCCCCCUUUAAUUCACUUCAUUCUAAGUCAUAGAGCUGUGCUCUACUGAUCAACGUUAAUUUCCAAACAAACCAUAAUACCCCCCCAAAAAAAAACACCAAAAAUCAUAACCCUUUUUUCACCCUUCAGUUUACACCAUACGCCCUCAGUUGCUGGUCAACACCUACAAUCUAAUACCCAAUACCCAGUCUUGAAGACUACGACCAACUUGCUAAUAAAACAACCACUGAUUUUUCUUGCUCGAAGCGACAUCUGAGCUGUCUCAACGGGAGACAAAUUCGGAACUUCAAUCUUUUUUCUCAACACAGCAGCAUUAAUUUUUUUUUUAAUCCCACCCGGGUGUUCUACCUCUAGUAUCAAGUCAUAAUGUCGGCCACUCAACUCUCUUUCUCCCUCCGUGUCUCUUCUGGCGUCAAGACCGUCCACUUGCUCGGAUCUUGGGACAACUACGUCGGCCAGCUUCCCCUCUCCAAGGACAAGAGCUCUUCCAAGGGUACCUGGAGGGGCACUUUCCGCUUCCAGAGCUCUACCCUGGAGCCUGGCCAGAGGUACUGGUACUACUACAUCAUCGAUGGAUAUCACGUCUCGCACAACCCCAGCGAAACCUCCACGACGGAACCUACCACUGGCCGUGAGCUCAACAUCCUCGACGUCCCCAAGUCCAAGUCAUCCUCAUCCUCCCACCACUCCUCGUCCAAGCACUCCAGCAGCUCCUCCAAGCACCACUCGUCGUCAUCAUCCCGCCAUCACUCGUCCUCCAGCAAGGAGAAGUCGUCAUCGUCGCGCCACUCGCGGUCCUCCCUGACCGUCGACAUCCCCAAGGGCCGCCCUCUGUCCACCUCUCAGAUCAAGGCGCCCAAGCCCAUGUCGCCACACGCGACCAAGCACAUUCUGCACGACUACUCUGAGGACUCUAUCGACGAGCUGGCUGAGCGUUUCGGCUCAACCGGCCUGGAAGACGACUAUACCGAGUACAUCACUACCGACUUCGGCAUCUCGGACUCGCCUGUCAGCUCCAACGGCUCGUCGCUGUCGUACCGCUCGGACAGCUCCAGCCCCAACUCCAGCAUGUCCGGCUACAGCACCCCCAGCUCCGACUGUUCCAACUGCACGUGCGAGCGCUACGGCAUCACGCGCAAGGGAGAGCGGGUUCGUCUGGACUGCGGUGGCUCCCGCUGCGGCUAUGGUGACAGCUCUAGCGACUGCUCGAGCAGCGAUGGCGAGUACGAGAGCACGACGCGCCGUAAUGGCAUCGUCGUGCGUCACUAAGUGGGCUAUUUGGAUGACGAGGAUGCGUCUUGCUCGAGGGUGGGGAUGAGGAUCACGGACCUCACCGCACACAAAAACCCUCGAGAAGAUGAUUCUGGUCCACACGACAAGGGAAAGACACACGUCAAGGUCACGAGGGAGAAUUUGAAGUGACCGUUCAUUCAUUUCCGAGCAGGAGACGGCGAACAUCUCCCGCAAAAUUGCGGUUGUAGAAGCCAGCCCUCUUUUGUCUCGAGUGUACUUGUUGCUACACGUGCGCGGCAGCCGGCACAAGGUGCUCUGGAUGGUGCGGGGCGUGACAUUUUGUGUCCACGGUCAAGACAACUGCAGACUGGUUUUGCAAGUGUCUGUUGUCCGCGGGCCGUCAUGAACCUGCCCGGCCAUGUGAGCUCUUCGGUCCUGGUCGCGCGUAUGCGUGCAACCCCACACCCAUUCGGGUCGAUGCUGCGACCCCACGCGGCUUUGACAUCUGUUCCGGUUCCCAAGGAACGAUGUCUAGCCGUGUCAAAAAAGAAAAAGAAAAAAAAGUCCUAAUUUCGUUUUGUUUUGAGAUGAUCUCAGCAAUUCUUUCGGACAAUUAAUCCUCGGGCACUGUUUGCUCCCCUUGCGCCUGGUCUGUGACCUAAGUUGAGGGGGCAAAUGGACCUGCCACGAGGGCACGAAAACCCUCUAUAGUCAACCCUUUUUCUUUUUUCGUUGGAAAAUACUCAAAAAAGAAGAGUCCGGCUGUUUUGGGAUGGAAAUUGUACGGCACUCAAGUUCUUGAUCGGUCUGAUGAUCAUCUUGAGCAAGCCCCAGAUCUGGUGGAAGACAAUCUUAAGUGCGCGAGGCAAUUGGCCUGCGCAUGGUUCUGGGGACCAGAUAGUGUAUAGCUGCCUAUUUUGAAUCUAUUCACACUGGUCACGAUAUUUCAAGAUUCUGUUGCUCUUGAUGUGUGCCUGUGAUAAAAAUGUGCUUCUCGUUUCUUUAUCUCUCGUCCCGUGUGUAUCAAUGGUCUCUCCACACCCCCCCCCCCCCAACUACCCUUAGUCUUUGGGUCUAGGGGACUGGACACCCCUGUCACCCGCUGUAGCCUUGGGGCAAUGAUGGUCCGAAUUGGUGGGUCCUCCACUAUUGUGACAGCUGAUAGCGGGGUGCUCUCCUGAAGCUUCAGGACCCCGCAUCAGGAAGCAGCAGCAGCAGCAGCAUCCAUCUAUCUAUUCUACAACACUCUGGACAUGCAUGGCUUCUUUGUUGAGAUGCCUUCUUCAAUCUGAAACCCUGAACUUCAUUUUCCUUACGACCUGACCUUACAUCUCUGAUCUCAACCCUGCGCCGUUCUCCCUCCUUCGAAGCUCAACCGUUGCUGUCCCUCCCCAAUCCUCCAACUCCCCAUCCAGCAGAGAGCACAGAAAGAAAGAAGAGAAAGAAGCAAGAAACGAUGGCCUCCCACACCGUCCCAAUUCUCGACUCCCACAUCCACCUCUUCCCCUCCUCCGAGCUCACCACCCUCUCCUGGAACCAGCCCGGCCACCCUCUCUGGUCCCAACACUCCCUCGCCGAGUACCGCCGCGCCACCGCCUCCUCCGCCGACCUGCUCUCGGGCUUCAUCUUCCUCGAGACAGACCGGCGCAACGACGAGUCCGACCCCUCGGCCGAGGGCGGCUGGUCCGGCCCCCUAGGCGAGGUCUCGUGGCUCGCCCGCAUCGCAGCAGGCAGGCCACGCCCGGGUGAAGGCCACGGCCAAGGCACCGAGGGCGAACAGAGGGCCGACCGCGACCUGUGCAAAGGGAUCGUCCCCUGGGCGCCCGUGCCGGCGGGCGCGGAGGCCCUAGCGCGGUACCUGGAUGCGGCGCGGGCCACGUGCGAGCGGGACGGGGAUGCGUCUGUCUGGCCGCGCGUGCGCGGCGUGCGGUACCUGCUGCAGGACAAGCCGGACGGCACGAUGCUGCGGGCUGGGUUUGUCGAGGGGGUGAGGCUUCUGGGGCGGAAGGGGUUGGCGUUUGACGUGGGCGUGGAUCUGCACAGGCGGGGGAUGGGCCAGCUGGAGGAGGUGGUGGAGUUGGUGGAGAGGGCGCAUGAGGGCUUGGAGGCGAAGGAGAAGGUUACUUUUGUGUUAAGUGAGUGAAAAAGGGGGUUCUCGUUGUUUGUGAGAGAUCGCGCCACAGAGAGAGAGAGAAAGUGUGUCUGUGUGUCUGUG